AUGUUGUUAUCACUUCCGGGUUCUAAGCGGUCGUACGCCCAGGACAUCGCGGUGCUGCUUCUUAGUGUCCUUGGUAUCUUCGUUGAACAGAGCAUUGCCGUAGUCCCCCCGACUGACAACCCUGCGAUCAUGAUCGUUGGCGACUCUAUUUCGCAGGGCCGCAACGGAGAUUUCACAUGGCGCUACCGUCUUUGGGAGUGGUUCAAUUCGAAUGAUGUGUCCGUUAGGUUUGUUGGACCCUACACUGGCACAGUACAGCAAGCUCCGGCAGAAUCGCCCAGCCCUCCUGUUCCAUACAGCAGCGCUACCGCAACCUCGCCAGCCCCCAUACCUUCAGUGUCCCAGCUUGGGGGUUAUUCGCCAGACAUCCCGGCAGGCUCGACCUUCUUCAAUGGCGGACAGCGUCACUUUGCCGCCUGGGGCCGUCAACUUGCACAGGAUGCUGGGCUUAUUGCUGAUAUGGUGAGCGAGUAUCAGCCAGAUUAUCUGCUUGUCGAGCUGGGUUUCAACGAUGUCGGCUGGUUUGUCAGUGACGCCUCUGGAACGUUGGAGAGCAUGGUCAGGUUCAUAGACAAUGCGCGGUCUGCCAAGCCGGAUCUCGCCUUUGCCAUUGCGAAUGUGCCACAGAGGACGUUUAUUGGUGGCCGAGAUGAUCUGAUUGUCAAGACCGAGGAUUAUGAUGCUGCGUUACCUCGCAUCCUCGAGGGCAUGUCCACUACCCAGUCGCCCAUCCAUAUUGUCCAGUUUCGCGAGAACUAUGAUUGCGAUCCUCUUUCGUGUCCAGCUGGCUCGGACGGACUGCAUCCAAACGCUCUGGGCGAGUUCCAGAUCGCCAAGGCGUUUGCGGACACGCUCUCUCAGGGGUACAACUGGCCCGGCGCGGCAUUCACCGUGCCUGAUCAUGGGGACAUUCCUGUGCGAGCGUGCGCUACUCCAGGUAAUAUCAAGGCGGUCGCGACCCCUUGCGGAAUCGCAUGUACCUGGGACCCGGUCGAGGGCGCAUACGGGUACACUGUAUACUCCGGUUUCACGGGAGAAACCCCGGAGGCUAUCAAUGUCUCUGCACCGGCUACGUUCACCACAUGGACAGUAGGCGGAAUAACAUGGAAUUACCAGGUCAAGGCGUUCUGCUCUGAUGUCUGGUCGGGUCUCAGCGAAACGGUCUCCGCAACUGCCCAUCCUGAUUGUGCCCCUGGCCCGUCGAACCUAAGGACUUAUUCGACUGCCAACGGAGUCGAUUUUACCUGGGACUCAGUCAAAGGUUAUGAUGUGGACGAAUACGGUGUUGUCUAUUGGGACCAAGAUGCGUGGGCAUUUCUUCUGGACUGGGGGUUUCCUUCCUCAGCGACAUCGGCUAACGUCCGAGGCGACAUGUCUCCAGGUGAGCGUGUUCUGACUGCAGUUGAAACCUGGGCGACUAUCGACGGCGUGUUGUGCGCAGGACUGCCACAAGCAGGCCAAGGCGUGAUAGUUGGAGGGGUGAUGCCGUCUGUGCCUACCGGUGUCAGGGUCCUCACCACAGGCCAAGGUGCUUCGGUACACAUCACUUGGGACGAUGAUCCGAACGCGUUCGCCUGGCAGUUCUGGGUGCGCGACAUCUCCCAACCCGGGAAACCUCUCAAAUAUGGAGGUUAUGACUCGACUGUGCCUUGUACCGAGGUCGACUUCCUGUUUCCUGGGGCCUGGAACUUCGAAUUCUGUAUCACAGCCCUCAAUGGAAACUACUCGACGGAUACGUCAGAGUGCGUUACUGCACCCCGUGAAAUCACUACUGCCGACGCCUGCCCGACGUUGACAGUUUCUCCCCCCUCAGAGGCAAGACCAACGGUAAGCUGGACAAAUCCCAACCCGACAUCAAUCUCACCAGGUGGUGGUGGUGGUGGAGGAGGAGGAGGCGGUGGAAGCGGCAUCGUGUACAUAGAUCCAAGUAUCUGGGACAAGCCGAGUCCUUCGGUCUUCUGUCAGCCACCAUGUACGUUUGUCCUGCCGCCGUGGACGCUUUCCACGCUUACAACAAUCGACAUCCCUCCUGUCACCGCUACCAUUGAGGACACAUGGCCAAAGAAAUCGGGAGGUACGACGACAUACGUCACCAGGACCGUCACGACUGUGAUCACCAUUCCCGACAUUACCACGUCGAUCAUCCCGGUCUCCAACAUCAUCUAUACAAACACCUCCCGUACUCUUGUCAAAGUGUCCACCAGCAUCAUUCCACCUGCUGUCACACUGAUAGAACCGCCCGGACCUGGCGGGCAGGAAGGCGUGACCUGGACUUAUAGUCCUGGCCCCUAUCCAACCACUCCUGGGCCUCCGCCUGGGGGUGAACCAGGAUCUGUGCACAUCUCAGUCGGUCCUCCCGGCCCACCUUGCAAGAGCGGCUGUGGCGGCAUAUGCCUGAUUAACUGCGGCGGCGGCGGAGGUGGUGGCGGAGGCGGAGACACGCAUGGAUGUGUCGGCCCUGGGUGUGGCCCUGGAGGAGGAGGAGGUGGUGGUGGAGGCGGAAAUGGAAACUGCGUUGGAGCGGGAUGCAAUAAUGGAGAGGGGUGCGAGGGUGAUGACUGCGACUGCGAGGACAACAAGACUGUCACGUCGUGUGGCGUGCUCUGCACGGAGACUGUGUCCUCGACGCAGACCACGACAGGCAGCUGCUCGACCACCACAUGCAAGACGACGAGCUGCGGCAUCGACACGACGUCGACCAGCACCACGACUACGACCCAGGGCGUCUACACUGCCUUUGAGAUUGCAGGCGACCCUCCCUUCACCGAAGACCUGAACGCCCCCUACGUGGCGUCCAUCUACAGCGAGGUGAUGAGCUGGUGGUCGGUCAAAGAAGCGUACGCCCGGCCGACCACCGUGUCUGCUGGCACGACCUACAUCGGCACCGGCGCCUCCGUCACCACCAUGGCCUGCCGGACCACUCCGGCCACGCCGCGGGCGACGGGACUGGCCAAGAAGGCGAUGAACGUGCUGAUGGACCUAUGCGUGGACAACGGCGCUGUUCUAGGGCCCAAUUCCGGGGCCGCAGCCGUGCGAUAUACGUGGAAGAACACGCUCGUGACGAUCGUGUAUGUUGGGUCGGCCAACUGCGAGACACUCGACUUCGACAGCUCGCCCAAUGAGACCAGGCACGAAUGUGUAAACCGGCUGACUUAUGGACUCAAUAAUUGCUUGACCGACGACGACAAAACGUACGGCAUGUGGCUGCAAUACAGAUGUAACGAAUACGAGAUAGUUCAGCUGGAGUCUUAG